GCAUGGAUUAGUGUGUUUACAACUCAUAUCAUCCCUGGUGCACCCGGCAUCACCCUGUCGUCCGAAAUAGAACCAUGCAAUUUGCAUUUUCAGGCUGGUGCAAGACAUAACGUACUAGGCUAUUUUAUAAUACAUGCCUGUUACUUUACUUUCUUUGGUAAGGACUGGAGGUUAUUAUUGCCAACUAGCUGUGUGAUAGCCUAUCUGUCGCGGCGUCAGGCCACCCACCAUCUGUGGAAGUGGGACAAGGGAACAGAUGGCGCAUCCGAGCCGCCCUGCAGCGCUGCUGACGCUGACUGUUAGGACAGCACUGGAGAUGAGUAUCAGUCAAUAAAAUAAAAGGCUGUUGUUAGCUUUUGCACAUAAGGCCAGUAUUUUUUGCAGGCAUGACAAUGUCAGAGUGACUUGGAUAAGAGUGUUUGACAGGAAGCAUUGCAGAUUGACCAAAUUGAUGCGCGACGACUCGACCACUGGCAUCAACUUAAUCCCAUUUGACGUGUCUCCAGCUCGGUGAACAAUGGUUGACAACCGCUACGCUACAGCUCUGGUCAUCGCUUGUGUGCUGAGCAUACUGGCCACCGUGUAUCUUUCGGUGGCCAUCGGGACGCAGCACUGGUACCAGUACAGCAGCCCCACCGUGCGCGGAGAGGCCAACGUGUCCGAGCUGCGCUCCCUGUAUGAGGAGUUCAUGGACGGGGAGUUUGAUGAGAAAACCUACAGCGACACCCUGUUCCGCCUCAACGGGACUGUGGGCCUCUGGUGGCGGUGUGUGCUCGUUCCCGCCAACGCACACUGGUACAAAGAGCCAGAUGUCAAGAUUAUGCUAGAGUGUCGAAGUUUCACUCUACAUCAGCAGUUCACUCCAAAGUAUAAAGAACCAGGCAACCACAACAGUGGAGAAGACAUGCUGCGCACAUACUUGUGGAGGUGCCAGUUUCUGCUGCCACUGGCGUCUUUGGGCCUGGUGGUGUUGGCAGCCCUGACUGGGUUUUGUGCCUGCCUCUGCCGAAGCCUCACCCCCACCCUCGGCAUAGGAGUACUUCACCUGCUGGCUGGCCUCUGCACCUUAGCCACAGUGUGCUGCUACCUGGCGGGAAUGGACCUGCUCCACAGGGUGUCGAUGCUGCCUGAUAAGGUGGAUGGCUCUCUGGGCUGGUCCCUCUACUUGGCUCUCAUUUCCUCCCCGCUCCACAUGAUGGCCGCCGCGCUGCUGGUGUGGGCAGCACGCAGCCACAGUCAGAACUACUACCGUAUGACCGCCUACCGGGUGGCAUAGACUGAGAUUCAGGUCUGGAUCUUUGCCCUGUUUAAAAUCAUACCCCACUCUGUCACCAAGAUGCAUUUUAUAAUAUUCUCAGAGAAAUGUGAUGUGGGUUAAUCUGUGCGUUUUGCCCUCUGAUGGAUUAAAGUGCAUGUACUAUAUAGUAAUGAUGACCCUGUCUGCUGCGUUAAAGGACUAGAUUUUUAUCUCUCUAUGGGUUACAGGAAUUGGUUUGCAAAAGGUCAACCAGAAAGAUGUCUAUAGUAGAACAUAUGUUUGCUUCAGAGUAACUUAACACCAAGCUGUAAAGCAUUAGCUCUGUCCUAGUUUCAUAUUACACAUUAAUUAAUUCCAGGUUCUGAAUAAGAAGUGCAUUCACAUUGAAAAAGUGAAAUGAAACAAAGUAAUUGCUGACAUUUAGGAAUGCAGAAACAUCAAUAAAAAAUUAAUUGCAGAGGAAAAACACGAGCACUCAACAUGAUCAGACAAGAUUUAAACAAAUCCUUAGAUAAGAUAAUAUAUACCAACAUUUCAUAUGUUCUCUUAUCUGCAGCUAGUUUCUUGCCCUGUCAAAUUUGAUUAUAGGGAUGUUGCUGUGUUCCCAUUGUUCCUAAUACAAAAUUAUAAUAGCAGAAGCAUUAUAAGAUAAGAUAAAACAAUGUUGUCUAUUUAAAGGCAUUUGUGUUUUGGAGUUUCAUCAAUCUAAUACAAAUUAGUUUAUCGGUGUUUUUUUCCCCCCAACGGUGCUUUCCAGACAGCGCUGCCUGAAAGGCACCGUUGGGAGGCACUGGUUAUGGUUAAGGUUAAGGUUAAGGUUAAGGUUAGAUGCCUUGAAGGCAGCGGUCACAGCGCUGCCUGGAAGGAGCAGUUGGGGGCAAAAAACACCAUCGAGCUACAAAUUAACCCAAAUUGUAAUUAGAAUUGUAAAGUAUGCAGGUUUUAGUAUGCUUACUAAAUUUGCUGGAUUCCUAAGACUGUUGUUGACUAUGUCCUACGAUGUAAUGUACAAAGCAAACGAACUGGAUAAAAUGUAUUCAAAUUGUGGACACCUGGGGUGUAUGAAAUAUUUUAAAACAACUCUUUAACUGGCAGGUGUGUUUGAAAGUUUCAGAUUAAUUUGAUGCUUAGAGAUUAUUACAUAUACAGUUCACACAUAAAAAAAAGUUUGUGGUAUGGCAUUGGUACAUACCUUUUGUUUUUAUUGCACCUCUGAUCACACCCAGAAUCACAGUUGCGUGUGGUGACACGUAGUUACAUUUAUAAAAGCACAGCUGACGUUGGUGUACUGGCACUAAAGCAAGACAAAAACCGCAUAGGCAUUCAUAAUAUGUUUAUUUUGACAGGUUUGCUGUUGUGCAAUAAGUCUUUUACUUUAGCUGCUUCAAAACACAGACUGGGACAGUGGCCAUCAAUGAUUGAGAGUGACAGUGAAUAUUAUGUAUAUACGUUUCUGUUCUUGCAAAAAAGAUUGACAUUCCUUUUUUUUAACUUAAGUGACAUUUAUUUAUUCAUGGCCAUUAUUAGGGUCAGAUUGUGUUUGUUUUACAUUUCUUUACCCAAUUAAUUGUUUUAUUUACUAUUUUCAAGCAUUACUAUCGUUUUGACAGAUUUUUUUUUAGGCUUUUGUAGAAAAUAUCAAAAGUUAUGCUUUAAAAAUUGUCGUGGUUUUUAACCAUUUCUUGUUUAGUUUAGUUGCCCUUACAUGCUCAUAUACAUUGGUUUUAUUUUGUGAAUAUAGUUGUGUUUGUUAUUUAUUUGAUUCAUAUUUGUUCAUUUAUUUUUUAUUCACUUGUUACAACCAUUUCAAUUCAACAGGAAUGAAUGGAAACAGCGUUUCCCUGUUAGGCAUUCUGAAUGUAAAUUAAAGGCCAUAUUGUGCUAAUCUACAGUGUUCCUUUGCACUUAAAUUAUUUUGAACAUAUCCUGAAUAUUGCUGUAUUGGUCCAUAGUGAAUUUCUAUUUCUAUUUUUUGAAGAUGUGUCCCAAAACAAAAUCAAUUUAGAAAAGAAUAGUACCCUAAAAACUAUGCUAUAUAUUUGCAGACAUGUAUAAAUUACCACCAGUCUCAAUAAAACUAAAGAAUGCCUGUGAAAUGAUGCACUGUAUGUGGUCUGAUGGGUCUUAUGGUAAAUUAGAUUGUAUUUUGCAUAUUAAGCCUUUUAAGUCAAGAAAUCGUUCUAUCCCAGAAUCCACUGUACCGUAAAUAUAACAGCAAAUGUCCAUGUAUGACUGCUUUUGUGAAUCUUCAGUGAUGUUCACUCUCCAGUUAUGAGCUGAAACAGUUGAUAAAUGUGCACCUAAAUAUCGUGUGUGAGUUUAAGCGAGCGUACACGUGCGUGUUCCAAGCAACUGCUGUUGUUUCAAUAAAAGCUUUUUGUAAAAUUUA